CCCGCGGCGGCGGGCGCGGCGGAGCCGCUGGCGCGGGGCUCCCGGCCGCCGUUUUUAUUCCGUUUUUUUUUUUUUUAUAUAUAUAUAUAUAUAUAUAUAAAAAUAUAUAUUCCCCCCCCUUUUCGCCGGGCAGGGCGGGGGCGGCAGGAGCGGGCCGGGUGCGAGCUGCCUCGUGGGGAAGGUGCCGGCGGCGGGAUGCGAGCCGCGGGCGGCCGCGCCGCGGAGCAGCUACCUGUGUGGCCCGGGCGGCCGCUGCCGGGACCUGCCGGAGACGUCGCCAUGUGAAGGGGCAGACCCCGGCCGGCUCCACACCCCGCCUCGCUCAAUGGGAGGUUUGUUUUAGGGAGGACUCACCCCCUCCCUCCCCACCCGCGGGGCCGAAGAUUAUUUGGGGAUUUGGUGGCGGCGGAGGCAGCCGCGCCGCGCACCAGAUCUCCUUGGCUUUGUGCAGACGAUGGUCCCCAAGACUGCAUGCUAGCUCCUGGUGGCCGAGGCAGGAGGCACGUCGGGGCCGGGAGCAGAGGGUGAGGACUUCCUACUGCUCCUCGAGCAGAGGUGCCAGCAGCGUGGGCUAUCUGCAGCACGAGCAACACACUAGUUUUCGGAAAGCAGGCGAGAGCGGGAGCCGCGCGUGAGGCACGCCAGGCGCAGGGGGAAGAGGAGCGGCGGCAGCAUGGAUAAGGACAGCACAAACCUGGCUGACCAGCAGUACGAGUGCGUGGCUGAGAUCGGCGAGGGAGCCUACGGGAAGGUGUUCAAGGCCCGAGACUUGAAGAACGGAGGCCGCUUUGUGGCACUGAAGCGGGUGCGGGUGCAGACGAGCGAGGAGGGGAUGCCGCUGUCCACCAUCCGUGAGGUGGCGGUGCUGCGGCACCUGGAGACCUUCGAGCACCCCAACGUGGUCAGAUUGUUUGAUGUGUGCACCGUGUCACGAACAGACAGAGAGACCAAGUUAACAUUAGUGUUUGAACAUGUGGAUCAAGACUUGACUACUUAUUUGGAUAAAGUUCCAGAGCCUGGAGUACCUACUGAAACUAUAAAGGAUAUGAUGCUUCAGUUGUUUCGGGGACUGGAUUUUCUGCAUUCACAUCGUGUGGUACAUCGGGACCUGAAACCCCAAAAUAUCCUUGUAACCAGCAGUGGGCAGAUAAAGUUAGCCGACUUCGGCCUUGCACGAAUCUACAGUUUUCAGAUGGCUCUGACUUCAGUGGUUGUUACUUUGUGGUAUAGAGCUCCUGAAGUUUUGCUUCAGUCCAGCUAUGCAACACCAGUUGAUCUCUGGAGUGUUGGCUGCAUAUUUGCAGAAAUGUUCCGUCGAAAGCCACUCUUUCGUGGAAAUUCAGAUGUCGAUCAGCUAGGAAAAAUCUUUGAUGUAAUUGGACUCCCAGAAGAAGAGGACUGGCCUAAUGAUGUUGCCCUUCCAAGAAAUGCUUUCACUUCCAGACCUGCGCAACCUAUUGAAAAAUUUGUACCAGAUAUUGAUGAACUGGGCAAAGACUUACUUCUGAAAUGCUUAGCAUUCAAUCCAGCCAAGAGAAUAUCUGCCUACGUUGCCCUGUCUCACCCGUAUUUCCAUGACUUGGAGAAAUGCAAGGAGAAUCUGGACUCGCACAUGUCACCCAGCCAAAACUCCAGUGAGGUGAAUGCAUCUUAAUGCUGACUGAAGACAAACCUACGAAUGAACCAGACAUUAGCUGACAAGGCCACUGCCCCAUAUAGACCACAUACCUGUUCCAAUGAAGAUCAUUAUUUGGAGGUUUUACACGCCUGUCUCUUAUUUUGGGAUUGUGAUGUGCUUAUCCAAGGAAAUCAGUCUAGUUUACUUUCAUCAGAGCAAUGCAAGGGCCAGGGUUUUCACCUGCUCCCACUGCAGCUUUAUGUUUGUUUUGUUUUUGUUUUGUUUAUCUACCUGGAAAACUCCAGAUGAAGAGAAGCUGCUGACCAGUUUUGCUGCCAUUUUAUUCUUUUAAUAUUGAAUGCUGCCAGUGUGGAGUAGGAUAAUCGAGUCACUGCCAAAACAUGAUGGAAUCUCUCUUUCUAGCUGCUGACGCAUGAUUUGGUACUUUUUUAUUAUUAUUGUGUGAUAUCUUACAGUGAUACUUAAAGAAUGGCAUUGAAAUAUCAGAUCUCUGCAACCUGCAGUUGACUGAUACAUAUGUUUUAAUACAUGCACCUACUGUUUGUUCAUAGCACAUAUGCAGGUGCUUUCCCAUUUGAAAACUUGGAUAGGUAAUUUUAUCAUUUCAUUGCUCUAUAAAAAUAACAGGGAUGAUGAUCAUCAUAAUAAAUGUCUCAACUUUUA